AUGCCAGAUCAAAAACUACCUACUCAGAUUCCCAUUAUGUCGAGAUCUGGACAAGAACGCAUUAUCGAUUGCGAUAGCUUGCCAGAUAAUUCUGAAGAAGUUUGUAAUAUGUUGAAAGAAGAUAAUGCCCAAAUGACGGCUUACUUACGUUUGGCGCUAUAUUUCAAUAUUAAUAGAAUGGCUCCUAAUAUGGCUAUUGCAAUUCUUAAGAAAGGGCUUUCCCUACCGCGCGGUUCUAACGACGAAAAGAUCAGAUUAAAUAAUCUAUUAGUUAGCUUAUAUUAUAAAAUGGCAAAAAAUACAAAAGGCAAACAACCAAAACAAGAUUUGUUAAAUGAAGCGAUUAGGCAAUUAAAUACUGUUUCCUCCGUCAGUGCUCAAAAUCCAAUAACUUGGGUCGUGAAAGAUGCUGCUUAUACUGCAUUUAAAAAUGCAUAUAAUCUUUCAAGUCAUAACAUUCCUGCAUUGUUUGGCAUGGCUCGCAUUAAGUAUCUUCGUCAAGAAUAUAAAGAGGCUCUUAAACUUUAUCAAGAAAUUUUACGAUUAAAACCUGAUCUCACAGAACCUGAUCCGCGUGUUGGUAUUGGCCUCUGUUUUAAUAAAUUACAAAAUUUUGAUGAAGCUAUCGCGGCAUUUGACAGAGCUCUUGAAUUGAAUCCAACUAAUAUAUCUGCGAGUAUCCUUCUCGCUACCCUUGAGCUUGAUAUCUCUAAACAAUACGAAGAAGUUGACGCACAUGAUCGAUUAACUAAUUUUGUUUCUGCAAUGAAUCGAGCAAAUAAAGUCAUUGAGAUGACUCCUACCCAUUCCAGUGCAUUGAUUUUACUGGCACACGGUUUUUUCUUUCAGAGAGAUUUCAAAAAUCUCAUCACAGCCGCAAGACGUGCCGAGGAAAAUACUGAUUCGAAACCUAUACUAGCUGAAGCGCAUUUUCAUCAAGCUAGAGCUUAUCAUGUUAUGGAGGACUAUAAAAAAGCCCUUUACCAUUAUACUCAAGCUAUUAAUUACAAUGAAAAUCAUUUGCUUGCAAUUUAUGGCUAUGGUCAGAUGCUAAUAAAAUUCGGCCGUUAUGAGGAAGCCAAAAUCAUAUUUGAGACAUUGAGGCGUCAAAAUCCAAAUUUUCUUGAUGUUGUAACAAUCUUAGCGAUUUUGGCUGCAAAUACUGCCCUCGAAGAAACUGAUUCAUCGAAAAAAGCGAGCGCUUUUGAAGAAUUUAAUAAAAUAACGCAAGCUAUUAAUGAAGGCUCAUACGAUAAUCCAGAAAUAUUUAUAGUCAAAGCACAUGCAAUUGAAGGCAAAAAUGCUUAUAAAAGUCUUCAAGCAUUGAAGUUGGCUGAAUCUAUGUAUAUUAAAGCCAAUGAACCAAUCCCGCUUGAACUGUUUAAUAAAAAAGGCAACCUGCAUUUUAAACAGGGUAAAUAUGCGGACGCGUCUGAAUGUUAUAGAGAAGCCUUGAAAAAAUGCGAGCAGCUUCCUUCUCCGCAAUCGGAUGUUAGAAUAACUCUUUUUUAUAAUUUGGCACGUUCUUAUGAGGCCUCACAUAAUUUUAAGGAGGCCCAGGAUUUAUAUAAUCAAAUUAUUAAUGAGCAUCCUGCAUUCAUCCCAGCUCGUUUACGUCUAGCUGCAAUUGAAGAAUUCCAUGGUAACAAUGCAAAAGCCAAUGAUAUUUAUCAUGAGGUCUUGGAGUUUGACGAGAAUAACGUUGAGGUUCGCAAAAGAUUGGCAGUAAAUCAACUAAGACAGGGUGAAAUCCAUGAAUCUCGUAGAAGCCUUGAGAUGAUUCAUUCAGAGAAUAAACAUGAUAUAGUUGCCUCAACUGCGUUAGGUAGCCUUUUUCUUUUCAAAGCGAGAUCACGUAGGCAAGAUAAAGAGGCGCGUGAACUAUCAUAUAAAAGGGCCGUUGAAUAUUUUCAGAAAGCCCUGCAAAAAAAUCCGAAAAAUGUAUGGGCGGCUAAUGGAAUAACAGUUGCUAUUGCGGAGUCGGGUAGAUUUAAAGAAGCAAAAGAACAAUUCUGGAGGUUAAAAGAACAUAAUCCUGUACCCGAAAUUACUAUUAAUUACGCUCACGUUUGCAGUCAAAUGAACGAGCAUGAGACUGCUAUUCUUUCGUACGAAGGAGUUUCCAAAAAGUCACAACAUAAAGAUGUGUCUGUGUUAGAAUGGAUUGGUCGUUCUUGUUAUCUUUUGGCCAAAGAGACAAAGAAUUUAAAUAAAAUGGACGAAGCCUUAAUUUGGACCGAGAAGGCCCUAAGACUUGCACCGACAAAUAAACUUAUUGUACAUAAUGUCGCGCUUAUACAACAAAGCAGAGCACAAUUAAUUGGUGAACCAGGAGUAGUGCGAUCUUCAACAGAAUUGAUGAGCGCCAUUGCAGAUGUUGAAUUUAAUGAUGGGUCGCCACACGUUACUUUUGAUAAGGAGGUUUUAAAUCAGCGUAUUAAUUUUGGACAUUCUACUAUGGAAGAAGAACGUAAAAAAAGAGAAGAUUUGGAAAAAGCUAUAGAGAAUCAAAAAAGAAUUGAUCAACAAUUACGUGAAUACACCGAAAAACAGAGUGAGGUUUGGGGAGAAGAAUCUAAAAAACGUAAAAGCAGAAAAUACAUAGAUUCUGAUGAUGAAGAUCCAGAGCCUUUUCAGAAGUGCAUAUAG